AUGGCCUCCAACGAAAUUCAUCUCGUGGCCAUCAUAAAGCCGAAGCCGGGCAAAAUCGACGAAGUCGCCGCCCUCUUCGCCGAAACCGCCAAAAAGGUCCAAGCCGCCGAACCCGACACACUGGCCUACUAUGCCAUCCGACCAAAGACUGGAGACGAAUUGCUCAUCGAUGCCAAGGCGAUUCAGACACACGGCAGCACGGAGCACUUCAAGGAAUUCUCUCAGGCCGUAGCCCCACUGGUGCAAGGUCCGUCAACACUGAAGAUUGGGAGCGAGGUUGGUGGGUUUAGGAGGGAUGAGAAGUUGUAA